GAGGCGUGCGCAGAAAGGGAACUACGUCUCCCGAGAGGCUUUGCGUGUGGCUACGGCGGCCGGCGGAGGUCAGCCUCAGCUCCCAAAAUGUCGUUCAAACGGGAAGGGAACGAUGGCAGCCAGCUGAACGUUCUGAAGAAAAGAAGGGUGGCAGACCUGCUGGCCAGCUACAUACCGAAGGAUGAGGCCCUGCUUAUUAAAAAUGGAAGGUACGCCUGUACCGUGUGUCACCACAGACCUGUCUUCGACACUAUUGAUAUGCUCACCGUGCACCGGUCUGGAAAGAAACAUAUAUCCUGUCUGCAGAGGCAUUAUGGGAAGAAGCUGAAUCACAGGAAUGAGAUACAGAAGCGGCAGCACCAGGAGUAUGUCCGUGCAGAGGAGGCUGGAGAGCAGCUCCCCAAGGGCCCGGCUCCCCUGCUUGCCCAGACCAGGAAGAUUACCCAGAAUGCAUUGCUGAAGGCUGCACCAUACAACAGCUGCUGCUCUAGAAAAAGGCCGGAUGCUGGAAAGAAGAUGAGCUCCUCUGAGAUACCUCCUUCUUCUGCCCCUAUAGCGAUUACAGAGAGCAGCCAUCCCGUUACCUCAUGGCCCGUCCCCCCAGAAUCCACAGCCGGAGUGUCCCACAGUGAGCCCACUGGCAGCUUCUCGGGUGUCUCCAAACCUUCUGCGGUGCAGAAACACAGCGGACGCAGGAAGAAGCGGAAGAGCUCGGGGAAAGGGGAGGAGCCAGGUGAUGACCCGGACAGAAGACGGGAGAUGCAGCACUACCUGUUACUGAAGAGCUCCGGCUGGAUCCCUGAUGGCACGGGAAAGUGGGUUAAGGAUGAGAGCGUGGAGUUUGACUCUGAUGAAGACGAGCCCCCGGCUGUACCACCACCCUGAUGCUUCAGGUUGUCCGGACUUGGCCCUUACUAUGGACACUUCUUAUGCAGCCUCAGAUCGGCCUCUUAUCCCUGGUAUCCGGCCAGAGACACCAGGACCUGCUAGUCAGGCACAGACUGUGGGUAUUAAAGACUGCGGGUGGUAUAGUAUAGGAAUGAGAGAGCUGCGCCGUCUGGAUGGUGAUGAAAUAAAUCAGUGGCCAAAAUCCUAGAGGGAGAGAGAGAGAGAGAGAGGUCCUUCUGUAUAUUGGAGCAGUAUAAUAGGAAAUUGGGAUUCGCUCAACUGAUUUAUAUGGAAUGGGUGAGAGUUGGGAUAAAUGCAAUGGCUAGCCAGUUGCAUACAAUAUUUGUAUUUAUUUUUCUAUUGUGUUUUGCAAUAAAAGUUAUAUAAAAACUCA